CCCCCGCACCAGCCGCCAGCCCCCUCCUCCUCCAGGUCGCCCACCCCCAGCCCGCAGCUCGACAGGGACCGCGACUCGGAGCACGACAGCGGCAAGCACGCCUCCGGCAAGUCGCUGCCGGUGCACUGUGUGGUGGAGGCGGUAUCGGCGGUCGGCUUCCGCAGGCGACCGGUCGUCGAGACGGACAGCUACGUCAUCAUCCCCGUGGCGACGGCGUUCGCCGACCUGGUGGGCGCGGCGCUGGUGCGCCUCGGCUAUCCCAGCGACAUGGUCGCCGCCGCCAGGGGUUCUGUUGUGAUAAAAAACUGGAAACCCCUGAGCCUGGAGAAGAUAGCAGAGGGCCCACUUGCCACGGUCGGAGACAUCCUGGGUGAACUCAGUACGGUCGCCACGCUGCGCAUAGAAGUCUACAGGGCGCGGCCCACCGUGAUGUCCGAGAUAAAGGACAAGCUGUUGCGUCUGCUGCUGCUCCACUCGCACACGAUGCUGGCGUCCAGUGGCUGCCCGCUCGACGAGAUGGUGCUGUCCUACAUGUGCCGUGGUUCGAGCCCCACUGGCGCGCCGCACCCCGACCUGAACGAAGACUGCCGCCGCAAGUUCGAGCAGUGGUGGAACGCGCAGGUGUCGGGCUACCACCGGCACCCGCCCCCGCAGCCGCCGCCCCCGCAACCCAAGCCGUCAGCUGCGACCGCCGCUGCCGCCGCCGCCGCUGCAGCUGGCGUCUCGGCGCCAGACCGCACGCCCGAGGGGCUGCACCCUGCCCUCCAGACUGUGCAGAGCCAGUACCCGACGCAGAAGACGCGGAUGCGUACCAGUUUCGACCCGGAGCUGGAACUACCGAGGCUGCAGCGGUGGUUUGCGGAGAACCAGCACCCGAGCAGGCAGCAGAUCCAGCAGUACGUUAAAGAACUAAACACUUUGGAAUCUCGGCGCGGGCGGAAGCAGCUAGACGUCAACAACGUGGUGUACUGGUUCAAGAACGCGCGAGCCGCGCAGAAGAGAGCCGAACUCCGCAGCAUCGGCCCAGGUAUUCUGUCACUGAAUGGGUACAACAGCAGCAGCCACAGCCCCCCAGGACCGAUGAUGAGUGGGGGUGGCAGCACCAUGGGCAGCACCAACAAGAGCGAGAGCCCGCCGUUGCACAGCCCUGGCGCCAGAGGCCUCCCUCCAAACGCCUACCUGUCGGAUAAUUCAGCAGGCGGCUCGGACGACGAGGAAGCUGGACCGCCGGCCAGUCCCGUGGGGCCCCUCUCUCUAACGACAAAUGACAGAGCUAGCAGACCCAGCUCUCCAAAAGGACAUACAGCCUCACCUGUGCAAAUGGACAACAUUAAGCAAGAGCCUCCAGAUGAAGUCCCAUCUCCUCCCUCUGGUAACAACAAUAACUGCAGCAAUGACAACACUCACAAUAACAACAACAAUUUGAAGGAGUGUGAUGACAUGACAGAGGGUGAUGAAGAGGAUGAAGAUGAAGAGAUGGAUGAACUAGAAGAGCGAAGGAAGGAUGAACUUUGUCCCCCAGAGCAUGAUUUGCGACGUAUUCAGCAGUUUCACAGUCCCAGUCCAACUGAGCAGAUGGGGCCCCGUAUUCAUGGACAUGGUAACCCACCACACAGCCUAGGAUUUCCUUUGGUGUCUAAUUCAAUGUUCUCCCACAGUAUCAUGUACAUGAGUCACUAUUUGCCUGGACUGUCUCAACCACAUCAUGGUCUUGGUCCACCAGGUACUCCACCGACAUCACAGGUGUCUGCUCCUCCAGCCAGUAGCAGCAGUGGACUUAACUUGUCAGCUUUAUCAGCAUCUGCAGAUGAGAGACGUAAGCGUAAUCGCACUUUCAUUGACCCAGUGACGGAAGUACCACGGCUCGAGCAAUGGUUUGCACUGAACACUCACCCCUCGCACAACCUUAUUCUGAAGUAUACUGAGGAGCUAAAUCGCAUGCCUUACAGGCAGAAAUUUCCAAAACUGGAACCAAAAAAUGUGCAGUUUUGGUUCAAGAAUCGAAGGGCCAAGAACAAGAGACUCAAAAUGUCAUUGUUUGAUACUCCUCCUCCUGGAAGUCACCAGUACAGACAUCAGUCGCCACCUGGUCAUGAAUAAAUUUACUCAUUGUAUUUAUUAACUGUUGAAAAUGGAACAUUGUUCUCUACCAAGUGGUAAGGACCAAGUAGAGAUUUAUCUCAUGUUAAAGUAUUUGUUGAUUCUCAUUACUAUAUGUGCCAGUGAGAAUGGGACAGCUCCUCUAUAAACUUAAUGGAGAGGUGUUUUUGGUGUUAAUGCCUUAAAUUCAGUUUGUAAUGAAAUGCAAAGGAGUUUAAAUGGUGUAUAAAGACUGGCAGCUAACUACCUCUGGUAAGUGAGUGACAUAUUUAACAAGAUUUUGUGCAGUCUCCUCUGUGAAUGUCUUGUAGAAAAACUGUUUCAAUACUCUCAUGAAAUGCCAUUCUCAGUAUUAAAGUUUCAUUAUGUCACUGAGAGCAAUGUACUUAGACCCACAUGUUGUUAAAAUUUUAAGCUUUUUAUCUUUUUAUGACUGCUACAUUUAAAUUCACGAAUAUUUAACUUUCUCAAUGUUGUUGUUUAUGUUUAUCUCACUUGUGAAAUUUACUUUUUAUGUAGGUGUUUAGCUUUGUUAGAUACUUAGUUCUUUGUUAUAAUUUUGAAAUGUUUUAAUGUGGAAAUUGAAUGAAAUUUUCAUGUGUUACUAUUAUCAAAUACAUACAUUUUACAUGGAUUUCAUAUAUUAUCAGUCACUGUAGACAGGCACUGAACAAGUUGAAACCUCAAAAUUGUAAAAAUAAUAAAUAUUCCAUAGCUGCAAAUAAAAGUCAUAUGCAAAAUUGUGUAAUUACAGGUAUGGGUUGGACUGAGUAUAAAAUUCUGUUGCUGUUUUCAUGUGAAAUGUCACCAAGAUGUAUUCAAACUUUUAUCAGCCAACAUAAAUGAUUUAUAGUUUGACAUACCAAAUAUACUAGAAGCAAGUUCCUUGCACCUGUUUAUAACUCAGCUAUCUUGUCUGAGUUAUUAUAAUUUAAAAUUAGUUAUAUGCAUGUUUCAAGAUUAUUGUGCAAAUAUUGAAACCAAAGAUUGAGUUUUUUACAAAACCUGUAUA